GGGGUAUAAGAAUAGGCCCAGGGUAAAUCCUGCCCGUCGUAAAAGGCGACCAAUAGGAUAACCGUUUAGGGGGGGAACUUCCCUUAAAAGUGAUCGUUGCAGUAAUUCUUCAUUUAAUUUCAGUAUUCCAAGUUGAAUAAAAUUAAAAGAAAACUCAUAAAAACAUAUUCUUUAAAUUUGCUAUAAAUUGUUUGAAGAAAGUUAGGAAAAAACAGCAAGGGGGUAGGUAGGGGCACUGCAUUUAUAGUUAGAAACAGUAAAUAUCUAAAAUUUUGGAAUAAUACCUUUGAACACAUGAAAUUUUAAGUUCUAUUGUCACGUCAGUUCGAUUAAAAUUAAAAUGUUUCUACCAUAUUAUAUUACUGCUUCUGGUGAACGGUAUAAAAAUUAUUUUCGCGAAAGAAAUAUCAUUUAAAGUAAAAUAUUUUACAAUAUUAAAAGGUUUUAAUGAUUUGAUUUCCGUGUUCAUUUAUCGUACAUUCAACAAUGAAGAGCACUUCAUUGAAAUGUCUACAAAAAUAUAAAAUUUUUUCGUUUCAUUAAAUCUGUGUAAGAGAAAAUUUACAGUACAACUUGAUAAAGUGUUUAAUAGAAUUAAGUUAAGGUGAAACGUUGGUUCAGUAAAAUUGGUUAACAGAUAAAACUGCUCUCAGUAUCAAAUGUAACUAAAUUUCAUAUGUACAAAUCUAAUCAAAAUCUAACCCAAAUCUAACUUGGAUUAAUUUAUAGGUUGUUGCAGCCUUUUUAUAUAGGGGCUGAUUCAUUCUAUGAUUGGGGCUAGAUUAGUAAUAGAUUUGGGUUAGGUUUUUAAUUAAAAUAAAUAUGUGGUACAUUAAUACUUUGUCUAAAGCACUAACAUUUAAAAGAAAAGAAAAUUUUAAUAGUAAGUGAUGGAGAAUUUUUCUAGGAAAAAAUGGUGGAGUAUAGUUUGUUCUCAUACAUUAGCACUGAAAUAACUAAAAUCAAUAUUCAUUCCAUCAGUAUUCUAUACGAAAUGUAUAAAUUUAUAUUUAAUUGCAUAUACUUCCUUAGGUAAUUGCAUUAGUUUUAAAGGUAUUGAUUGAAAUAGAUUUGUAGAAUGUUAUACGAUAUCGAAGGUGUUAUAACAUAGCAGCAACAAUUUGUAUUUUUUUUUACAUGGAACAACAUAUUUUCAAAAAUAUAAAUUAAGUACUUGAAAUAUUUUGUGUCAAAAAAUAUCAAGGUACAGUGUCAAAUAUGAAACGCUUAAUACUAUUGAUAUUAUAAUUAAUUAUUUUUGAUUAUCAAUCUUCUAAAAAAAAAUAAUAAUAAUGUAGUUCCAUUAAAAAAGGGAGUUGCCCUUGAAAUCUCCGAAGAUCCUACACCUAUAAACAAAAUUUUUAUUGCUGUGUUAUGGCCCCUUCGAUACCGUGAAACUUUUCUGAAUAAACUUUUUUAUAUCUCUACAAAUAACGGAGAUAAUUAAGGUAAUAACGUUAGGAGGUUUACCCUGCAUAGAGAUUAAAGAAACUUUUUAUUCAAGAUUUUUAUUGUUGCAUAAAUAUUUUCAGUACAUGAUAUCAAAUAAAUUUAUUAUCUUUUUAGCAUAGUUAGUCAGCGACAGAUAUUUUCCUGACAUAAAAUGAAGGAAAUUAACAUUUUGAAACUUACUUUUUAAUUCGAUAUUACAUUAUUUCAUUAUCUGCUAUAUCAUACUGAACGCACAUUUUUUCACUUUAGUUGAUUGCAAUGAGUUGCACAGACAGCUUUCGUAACGAGUUGCAUGUUACUUAUCACCCAGUGUUGCUCGAAUGUCUCUUUUUCAGAUUUUCAGAUUUAGAACAUUUGUGGAAUUAAUUCAUGAUGGAAAGUAUACAAUUCAGAAUUAAAUGCAGUCGUUUGUUAAGUAUUAUACAUCCUUUUUGUUCUUCCAAGCACUAGUACUUUCAUACAUUACCUCGUGUAUAUAAAAAUUAAUUGAAAAAAUAUCAGAAAUUAUUUUUUAAUACAUAUUUUAUAAUACUUUUCUGUAAAUUAUAUUUGAAAAAUGGAGGGAAAGAAGGUGCAUUCUUUCUUUAAAAAAUUGUAUAGAAAUUAGAUUUUUCUUUUAUAAAAAUCAUAAGAUCACAAAAAUUGAUUUUAGAUCAUUUUUCCACGAUGCUCGCAUACAAUGUCUGAUACAGUUCUGAGCGUGCACAUUAAACAAUUGCGAGUACAUACAUUGAAAUUAGCUAUUUUCACACUUCCGCGAGUUUUUCCAAUUCGACUGGUAAGGUCACGGUCGUAAUGUUCACCGGCAACGUGCGCUUUUAUAAGUGCACUUGGUCGGGCAUGUGUGCACGAUCGGGCGCGUGCGUAAACACACAUGAGAAGAAACUUUUGUGGCGACCACAGGGGUGAGCUACCCUACCGUGCGAUUCUCUACUAGCACGUGCAGUCAAGUUUAAACGUACGUACACAUUCCUACCACGAUGUCCAUGGUUAAAGCUACUGAAAAGCAAUACUUUUUCUUCUGUUCUUCGUCGAGAAAAUUGUACAAUCCUUCCUUGUUUUCCAACUAAAAAAUAGCUAACGAUAACGACAAAAGUAAGUUAUUUUCUUACGCGAGACUCGAACGUUCUUUUUAAUUAAUAUUACAAAAAUUACAAUUUUCAUUUUGAUUUAACAAUCACCAAAAUUUUGUUAAAAAGAUAAAAUGGAAAUUAUACUUUAUUUCUUUCCUUGUUUCAGGCAUUAUUUUACAGAUGGCACCUUCAAUGCUGCUUAUUUAAAUAAUCUAUUCGAUAGGAAAUUCAAUAUUAAUUUCAUUGAAUUACAGUAGCAUAAUAUGUGAUCAAUAAUGAAUAAUCGAGUUCCCAAAUAACAUUGGUCAUUUGGGCAACCUAUGUCAUUUUUAAAUCAUUUUUAUUCAAAAUAUAAAAUACUUUAUUCUUUUGCUUAAAUUUUUUACAGAUGUAUUUUUACUAACAUAUUUAUUGUUAUUUAUCACUGACUUCUCAGGGAACAAACAUCCGUAACAAUUUGUUUUGUUUAUAUGCUUCUGUAAAUAUAUGGAAUAACAAGCCAAAUUCGAGGAAAACAGUAGGGUUAAUUUAUCGAAUAAACUGAAAUACCAUAGAUAUUCUGACGCAAACACUGUAAGCGUGAUUGUGAUGUAAACGUGAUACAGAGAUAGCUGUGUAGAAUAGGUUUAUAUCGUGGUCAGCGUCGCGGCGCGCGUCGCCUUCUAUCUCUGUCGCCGGCUCGUCUCUCUUUGUCUCGGAAAAGUUUCCGAUGAUGAGCUUUGUUGGCUGUUUCCCCUGCAGGACGGAAAAGUUAAAUGCGAAAGUUUUAUCCGAUAUCUAGUUUCACGAUGCUGCUGGAAAAAGGGACCUACGCACAGCCGUUAUACGGAAAUUUGGAUACCCUUCAUAAUUAUAAUAUUCAUAAUUUACUCGUACCCCCUUUCGCUCGUUGUAGACGCGUGACAACUUUUCAUACAAAGGAGUUCAUAAAUAUUAUUUCUAAUCUGAUUCGAAAUUAAUUUAUUCAAUUAUCUAAACCGCUAUGUCGAUAGAUUUCUGAUUAUAAACAACGAACGAGAAUUUAUAAUUAUUAAAUUUUGCAGACUAUGAUUGUUAUCAGGGGCUUAUUUUAUUAUUAACUGUUGAGGUGUACUGUAAAUUUUGUUACACAAUUAAUGCGAUAAAUAAUUAAUACAGUAAUUAUGCUAUUAGAUAUUGAUAUGCAGUUUACUAAUGCAGCGACCGAGUAUCAAUUGUGGCGAAUGGCGUCAAAGAAGAGACAAAAUCAUUCCAUACAACAUUUACUGGAGUUGCCCAGCAACAGAGAAACAAAAUUACCGCUGUAUGCCACAAAGGACUCGACUCAAAGGUCACUUGUUCCAACCCCUCGACAGGUCCCAGUAACGGUGUUGCAUCCGUCACCGAAAAAGCUGUAUCUGAACAAAACACGGCAAAGUGGCUUGUCAGACGAUUUUCACCAGGGUCUCGCACGAGCAGUCAGUCCAACUGCGCGCCAGCAAGAGUCGGCUUUCGUAAGGCGGGACUAUCCCCGCCAAAUCAUGAACAAGGUGGACGAUCGUGUGAGAUCACCAGGAACAUCACGAUGUCUAACCACCACCAUGUCGCUUUCCAUUUCACCUUCGAGCCCUGAGGAACCUGUCACGCUGGUGGAACUGACCAGCGUGCCAGGUGGCCAGAAUGCGAUGGCUCAUCUCAAAAAACGGAAGCUGGAAGCAGAAUCUGUCAGCCCAAAUCCUAAGCAACUGCAGCAACUGCAACAACAACAACAACAACAGCAGCAGCAGCAGCAGCAGCAGCACUAUCAACAACAGCAACCGUUGAUCAACAAGAAGGCUGCACAAACGAGCAUUCCUCAAGAAAUGGAGACAGCUGAUGCUGCUGCUAAGCGAAGGAGGAAAAGCGUACGCGACGAUGAGACAAGAAAAUCACUCGAUGCCAAUGACACUAGCAAAACUAUACCGUUGCCACAAAAGAAACGAGCAUUCGCUGCUGGGAACUCUGGUAGCCCGGCGAGAAAAUCCAGCAAGCAUUCCGAGGAACCCGAAGACGACGAGACUCUCAUUAGAGAAACGGAGGCUGCUUUGAAAAGUUUAUCCGGAAGCUGGCCUGGGCCUAGGGGCUGUUUGUAUCAACGAGGAAACUCGGACGAAGAUAAGUACGAAUCGAAUUUCGAGAAUCUAUUCGAAGAGAAAAAAGACAAUCCAAAACUGUCACCUUCCUCUGUGUCAACAUCUUCAACUACCAGUAACGAGACGGGUUAUUCUCUAAAAGACGUGAUAACAUUCCGUGGACAGCAAGACCGUAGCGGCAAGUCUCAGCAACAAUUAAAGCAACACGAUGCGAUUAAGCAAUUACAGCAUCAAAGCAAAGUGAAAAAGGAUCUGGAUACCGUGUUGAGAACAGAAAACGAGUGCGGCAACAUUCAAAGCCAAGUGAACAAUGUGAACCCUAAUGAACCAGGAAAAAUUAGACCGGUGUCUGUGAGAUCCCUGUCGAGCAAGGAGCGAAACGACAGAAGCAUGGUCGGUACUCACGUGGAUCCCCAGGGACGACAAACAGAUAAAUAUUCCAGAUACGAUCCGCCAGACUUCAAUGAACUGGUAGACGAUUCGUCGAACGAACUCGAGAUCGACAUGUCUGAUCCAACCGCGGAGAAGGACGACGCUGACAGAGAUAAGAUGAACGACAGAGAUCGUGAUCGAACGUGCAGGAACGGACAAUCGCCUCAGAAUUCAGCGAGGCAGCAACACCAUCAGCAUCAACAAAUGUAUUCGAACUAUCAUAGACAGUACAAUGAGAACGGUAUGAAGGUAUCGCCGAACGCGACGACCAGCUCCUCUUCUUCGCCGCCGUCGAAUUCUCCGUUCUCGGCCACGUCGGCAUUCAGGCCACCUAACACGGACCACGCGAAAGCUACUGGCCGCGGUACACCGUCAGUGGCGGUGGCUUCCACAGCGAUUCCACCUAUCGGACCGUACCCUGCCUCGGCCACGUUUGUUGGCUACCCCACCGCUGGUCCUGGGCCAACGAUGCCGACCCCGCAACCUGUUACGGGCAUAUCGACCAGCACCGAGGACAAGCAUUCGUCGACGGUUUCGCUGUUGCAGUUGAAAUCGUCGAAAGAGGACGCCCAUCACGUGGCCAGACACGAGGUGACACCCAACACUGUGACAAGCAGCAAAAGUCCCAGCGGUGGCCUUCCCGCCGUCACUAGCCCCGACUCCUCGAAACAAUAUACGAUCCUUCAGCCAGCAGGUGUUGGCUCCAGAGCUGCCAGUGCCCUUCAGGACAUAGCCAGGGACGGAGUGGUCAGUGUAACUGCUGUCAGCAGUUGUAGCACGAGUAGCUCGACGAAUGGGAACAACAACGGUAGCGGUAGCGGUAGCAACAACGGUGCUGCUGCUAAUUGCAGCAACAACGUGUCCAGUAAUAAAAAUAGCAACACCAGCAAUAGUGGUAACGGUAGCGGUAACAGCAAUAAUGCUGCCAAUGGAAACGGUACCAAUGUGACCAGCAUCGCUAUCACGGCUGUCUCGACCAGCACGACAACGUCCAGCCCCACGACUGGCGGAGACGUGUCAUCUGGAACUGGAACGGCUCAGCAAGAGAAUGUGAUGAAAAUACCGGAAAGGCCUGGCACCUUUGAUGGGAGCAGGCCAGGAAUGUCCAUGUCUCCGUCCAGUCUAAGCAGAGAGGGCAACAAGUGCCCGACCCCAGGGUGUACGGGGCAGGGUCACGUGACCGGACUCUACUCUCACCACCGCAGCUUAUCCGGUUGUCCAAGGAAAGAUAAACUAACGCCAGAGAUUCUGGCGAUGCAUGAGACUAUUUUGAAAUGCCCGACGCCUGGUUGCAACGGCCGUGGCCAUGUCAGCUCGAAUCGGAGCACGCACAGGAGCCUGUCCGGAUGUCCCAUUGCCGCGGCCAAUAAGCAGGCCGCACGCGAGGCACGACACAAGGCUCAAGUGUCCGGAAUACCUCCAGAGUAUAUCAGCACGAACCUGUUGCCGCCUUCGAUGGACAGCAAAAGCUACUCUCAGUAUGGCACCUCGACGCAGGACACGAAACCAGUACUAAGCAGUCUCACAUACGACUACUAUUCGACAACUAAGGGUACAGGGAUCAACGUGAAACCUCCGAAAACUCCGGAGGAGAGCCCUUCGUCCCGCACGAGCAAAGUGGUCCCUAAAACGGAGAAUAUGGCGACAAGCGGUAGUUGCUGCAGCAGUUUACCGAGCAGGGGUCAAAACACGUCGGAUCUGUUGGUACCGAAGACGGAAGAAACGGCUUCUUGUAGGGUGAACUCGCCCCCUCCGCCACCUCCACCCAAUGUACGACCGACAUACGACUCGUAUAUGAAUCAAGACUCGAAUUCGUCGUCGAUGUCCUCGAUGGACGCCAUGGGGUCCAGAGGGUCCAUCGGCGCGACGAUACAUCAUCCAAGUCAGCACCCAACGCACCACGUGCUGCCAAUGCAACCCACGGUCGCUUAUCCGAUGCCAAUGGUCGAGGACACUAGGAUGAGUCACCAAAUGUCGCAGAGGUCUCCUUACGAACCCUCGGCGAUGAUGGCCGCUGCGGCGGCUGCAGCUGCGGCAGCCACUUCCAGCGAGGAGCUUUAUCACCACAGAUCCGCGGAGCACGCGAGGGCCUACAUGCACCCUGGCGCUAGUAAUAUCGCGCGACCUGUCGUCACCUAUUCCAACGAGAUCGCGAACGCGAGGGGAUACGAAAACGCGGUGGCCAGUGCCGCCAAUCAUCGACCGUACGAUCCGGGUACCACGUCAGCCUACGAGAGAUACGACACACAAGGUUGCGCGCCCAUUCAGUCGCAGCAACAACAGCAGCAGCAGCAACAACAGCAACUCCAUUCGAGGACGAACAUGUAUUACCUGGGACAAACUGGAAUGACACCGGAGGAACAGGAACGGGUGUACCAUCAGGAGGCUGCGGUCGCGGCUCAGCAGCACCAAAUGGCGAUGGCCGCUGCCACGGCUGCGGGAAUGAUGAAGAGCGAAGAUGUGAAAUGCGUCACAGUGGCGCAGGUGCAGCAGAUGCAGAAACCUGGAGGUCCUCCAACCUCUCCUGGAGGGUCGGUGAUGGACCUGUCCACUUCCAGUGUCACAUCAACGAGCCCUCAGGCGCCCCCAUACGGCUCUAACAGUCUCAGCCCUCAAUACGGCGGUGGUCAAACUGUAGGAGGGAGUCCUCAGGCAGCAGCAAGUCCCCACCUGACGGCAAGUCCUCAGGUUCCCAGUCCACAGGGACAGACCCUCGAUCUCAGUGUAAACAGGCUUCACAGUGGCGCACCGAGUCCCCAGUAUCCAACCGGCCACGGAGAAGCUGUAGCGGUUCCCGUUGGACCAGGCUUCCCAGCGCCCAGACCAAUCGAGGAGCAGACCGAGCCGGUCGACUUCUCCACGGCGAACGAGCCGGUCAAUUUCAGCGGGGGUCCUGGAAUCAGGCCUGUACCAGGGUUCCCACCACCCGGUGUGCACGUCGCGGCGUACAGCCGAGAAAGCACCCCCGACAGCGGGGGUUCCCACUACAUGGACGCCUACCGUGAUCCCACUGGUUAUGGACCAAUGAGCCCCCAUCCGGGAUACGGGAUGACAGGUGUUCAGCCUGAAUAUCCAGCGAACACUUACACCCCUUACCCCACUGCGGGAUACAACUGCGGUGGAACUUAUCCAGGUGGCCCUGUGACUUCCGGGUACCAAAUCCCAGCAGGUUACACGCCGACACCCUGUUACAGUAUGCCACCCCCACAGCACACGGUUGGACCUCUCGAUAAACCCACGGGUAAAGACGAUAGUCUGUCCGGUUGUCCGCGAGCCGAUCGCUCCCAGAUUCAGGCGCAUUCGCAAGAACUGAAGUGCCCUACGCCUGGGUGCGAUGGAUCGGGUCAUGUGACCGGAAACUACUCGUCUCACAGAAGUUUAUCUGGCUGUCCACGGGCUAAUAAACCGAAGAGCAAGCCACGAGAUGGACAGGACUCUGAACCAUUGAGAUGUCCAAUCCCCGGUUGCGACGGGUCUGGUCAUGCUACCGGCAAAUUCUUGUCGCAUCGCAGCGCUUCCGGCUGCCCCAUCGCCAACAGGAACAAGACGCGAGUGCUAGAGUCCGGUGGCACGAUCGAGCAGCACAAAGCAGCGGUUGCUGCGGCGACGGCAAUGAAAUUCGAAGGUGUCAACUGUCCCACGCCUGGCUGUGACGGGAUCGGCCACAUAAACGGUUCAUUCUCCACUCACAGAUCUCUGUCCGGUUGUCCGAUAGCCGGACACGCGGUGAAGAAGCCCAAGUUCGAGGAUAUGUCGAGCAUGUACAGCAAAGGAAUCACCGGGGUGGACACCAGUGGUCCGGCUCACGGGGGUGCGGUGGGUACGGGUCAGGGUAACACGAGUGGUAGCGGUACCGCCACUGGCCAGAGCGAGGAUCUCUACACACUGGAGGCUGAGAUAACGGAACUCCAGAGAGAGAACGCUCGGGUCGAAUCGCAGGUGCUGCGCUUGCGCUCCGAUAUCACCGCCAUGGAAAACCAGCUGAAGCAAGGAGAAAAGGAAACAACAUCGAUUGCUCAGCGCAACAACAACCUGACCGAGUACUAUCAGUCGCUGCGCGAUAACAUGAUAACGCUGUUGGAGCACGUGCGAAUACCGAACGCCCCAGGCGGACCACAGGAGAAGAUGGGCCACGAGAAUUUCGACAGUUACCUGACGAAGUUACAAACCCUCUGCACCGCGGAUGGUUAUUGCGCGGACGAAGGGAACAGGCCGAUUUACGAGACGGUGAAGACCGCGCUACAGGACUUCACCGUCCUACCGACACCCAUCUGAGACCAUCCCUAAAGCUCGACGAUCGGAUAUGACGUAACUUGGUCGCGUUUCACCCAGUGACUUAUCGUUUUGACGAAAUAAUGAAAGCAUGAUAAGACACCGGAAGUUCGCGUGGUUACUCAUUGAAAAGACACUGUGCGACGAACAUUGAACGCGACUCGUGUGUCGUUAAACGAUACCGGAAAAAAAAAAGAAAUGAAACAAAGACGUUCCCCGUCGAUGAACAUUCCAUUCUACCUCUCCUGGGUAGAUGAAUCAAUAGACGUUGCUCUUUAACGAAUAUCAUCGGGUGAUCUGCUCGUGUACCAAACGAGAAUGGUGCUUUUUACCAGCGUUGGUGGGGUUGGACACGUUGGACGGUUGUAUAGACUGUUAGUAAAUGUUACAACGGUAUCUAAGGUAUCCUCUGACGAUCCAUUCAGUGUGAUCUCGCGGAUCCGUGCGGACUGAUGUUGCUCAUAGCGAUUUUGUACAUACGGAACCUAUACUACGUAAGUAUUAUAAAAAAAGAUCGGUCUGCGUGAAUCGCGUGCCGAUCUAUCAUCGUGAAUUGUAAAUAAAACAUGAGAGAAAGCAUUUAUAUAUAUAUACAUAUAUAUAUAAAUAUUAUUCGACGAAAGCGUUAAUGUGGUUAUCACUUAUAAUUAAGGCAUGUAAAGAAAGGGAUAAAGAGUAAAUGACAAGAACGUCAAAGGGAAAAUGAAUGAGAUUAGCUUACAAUAGAUGUAUCGCUCUUACAAGUGCAUAACUGUUACUAACCCGUUAAGCCAUUAAACGUUAACACUACGAUGAUGUGAGAAGAAAAAACCGCUAAACGCUGCUUCAGCUGAAACCGACGGCUACUUAAUUAUAAAUUACUAUUGCGUACUUAUUACAGCUAGAUACUAUUAUUACUACUAUCGUCACUGUUACAACCACCGAGAUCGUUUCUAGAAACUAAUCCAAAUCGUCAUUAUUAUUAUUAUGAUUACGGUUAUUAUUGAUUAUUAUUAUUGCUACCACACUACUCUUACUACUGGACACAUAGGAUAUUAGCGACGAGUAUACCGACGCAUUUAUAAUUAUCAACGAGUCUACGAACGGUGCAACACGUUGUCCAUAAUGUGUAAAUAGUCAGAGAGAAAAUACGAAUAUUAAUAACGAAUGUGAGAGAUCGAGGAAAGGAAAGUGAAAUCCUUCGAAUUGAAAAGGGGUGCACUUGAGAUCGCUCGCGUCAUUUUGUCCCAUGAAAGAAACAAAGAUGUCAAUCGUAAACACGGUGUAUUUAUCGAAUUUUUAGGCGUAAAGUACGUGCGGCAGGAUCGACGAGUUUUAUAUUUAAACAGGAGAAACAAUGGUUCUCGGUGUCGUCGCGAAUCGUCGAUCAGUCUGAACGAAGGGUACUCGUUCGUUUGUGCAAUAGCUUCGAAGGAACUCGUUUAUUUUGUUGAAUUAAUUUAUUAAGGUGAUGAUACGCAAAUUGUUACGGUUCUGUUAUCGCAUUUACGUAUUUAUUGUACAUGUUUUUAUUGAAUGUAAAUAUCGAUAUCGUUGAGAAACGAAGAGAUAUCUUCUGCCUCUUUGACGGUUCACCGUUGCUGGCUCGACGAAGGAGAUAAAUUUGACAAUACGCGUCGUUCGAAUCGGCAAAUCAAACGCUUUUGAUCCAUUCCAGUGGCAUCGAUAAGUAUACGACGUGUAGCAAUUUCUCGCGACGAAUAAUCAUUUGCCGUUGUCGGCUAACAAAUUUUCAAGUGGAAUGCUAGUCGAAUAAAAUGUAGAAAGUCCAUGAGACGACGGUAAGAGGCAAAGAUAUUGGCAUCGCAGUGCUUAUUAUUUUGCAGACUGAACUCAUUUCGUCGCAAUAGGAACAAUGUACAUAAGAGAGGGAGAUUAAACACGGAAGACGAAUGGUAAUAGAGAGAAAUCAAUUAUUUCGUCUGUUCGAUAAAAGAUGCGACGAUAGAUGAAGAGAAAGAAGGGCUAUACCUUUAACCAAAAAAAAAAAAAACCACC